AUGUACUCUCUCGCGGUUAUUACUGCCUUGCUUGCGGCAGCUCCCGCUCUUGCCCAAGCACCCCUCUGGGGCCAAUGCGGUGGUGGUGGGUGGACAGGUCCAACCACUUGCGUUUCGGGAGCUUGCUGCCAGUAUUCCAAUGAGUGGUAUUCUCAAUGUAUUUCAGGAUCUUGCGGUGGAAGCAACCCUCAAACAACCACUAGGACUACCACAGGUGGAACCACACAGCCGACUAACAGCGCGGGCGGCUGCGGUGGAGGUACUCCGGAUGUGACAGUCACAGGCUCUAGCAGCUCGUAUACGACUAAGAACAAGAGCGGUACCACCCUCUACACUGGCAACAACUACCUGUCGGCUAUCAACGCCGCUGUCAAUGGUAUCAGCAAUGGACAGAGAGUUUCCGUUAUCGCAUCUGGAUCGAUCGGCGCAAACACCAUUUCAAUCAGUAGCGGUAAAACUUUCGAAGUUUGUGGUACUAUCGACGUUGGAAACAGAAGUGGUCGUGGUGCUAUCGAGUCGACGGGGACAACUGGCGUUAAUAUCCCAUACCUUACCAUGACUGGUAACCCUUACUUUGGCCUCCUCUUUUAUGGUACCCGAGACCUCACCCUUGGCCAAAUUACCAUGAACCUUAGCGGUGGAAUGGGUAUUCGCUUCCAUCGUGAUGAAGCUGCAAAUUACAACGUUAAGAUGGACACUAUCCGAGUUACUGGCGCCGGUAGCCAUGCUGUCGAAACGUGGAACAUCAACGGUCUUACUAUUAAUCAAGUUAUUGCACGAAACUGCGGUGAAUGUGGUCUGUUGCUACAAAAGACCAACGAUGCAAAGGUUGGUUUGGUCGAUGGAAACAAUGUGGCUGCUGGAACUGGUUAUGCAACAUUGAGGUUUGCGAAUGAGAAUGGUAGAGGGUCUGGAAACUGGAACACCAAUAUUUACAUCGAUAAAGUUGUCUCCCGCGGUGGCGGUCGUGGUAUUUUCUGUGUCUCCCAAUCUGGUGGAGCCGAAAUCAAGACCAUUGAUCUCGCAAGUAACGGCAAUAACGCUAUUCUCAUUGAGAACUGCUAUAAUGUAGCUAUCAAGGGUGGUACCGUUAAUGGGGGUGGAGAAGUUCGUCUUGCAGCUCGAACUGAAUUUGCAAAUAACAGAGAUAUCUCGAUUACAUUGAAGGUGGACGGUACGUCUGUCAGGGAGUCUCCGUGUGGCACCAACAUCAAGUGGACCUUGUCAGGCAGCGGAAGCAGAAAUAUCUGUUAG